AUGUUUAACGUAUGUGUUUUAUGUAUGUAUGUGAUGGGCGAAUCGGAUUCGUGUUAUUACUGCUUAUUCGCAACACCGGAUUCCGCCAACGCAACCGCCAAAAUGGAAGCUUAUCACUGUAAGGACUGUGAUUUUAAGACGGAAGUGACACUUGUGUUUGAACAACACAUUAAUGAACAUCACGGCCCUAGCAGAGAAUCUAGAAAGGAAACACCUAGUGAAGAAACAUCUAGUGAGGAAACAUCUAGUGAGGAUUCCAGCAUAGAAAACUACGUUGGCGCAACAUAUUGCUUUGAGCCAAAUCUGUUGUUAAAGUCGGUUCAGCAUACUUAUAUAUCCACGGGAACGGAAGAAAAUCUUCAAAGUGUGAGUUCUUUGAAAGAGAGUGCCACAUACAAUUCUGACUUCAAGCAAACUGACGAAAUACCUUUGUAUUACUGCGCUGAAUGUUCCUACAGAUCUAAACUCCAGGAAUCUUUAAAAUAUCACAUUGAAAUUAGCCAUACCAAAAAACAGUAUGCUUGCGAUAAGUGUCCGUACAAAAAUGAGCAAGAAGGUGAAUGGCACAAGUGCCAAAAAUGUCAGUUCAAGAGUAGAGCAAAAUGGAAUUUAAGACAACACAUAAACGACAUACACUUGAACGACGAAGACGUUAAAUGGUUCAAAUGCAAUAAGUGUGAUUUCAAAACUAAGCGUGGAACAACUUUAAAAACCCACGGGUACAUCCAGGGAUGUUGCGAAUAUUCGCAUCCGCAUCCGCAAAUGCGGAGCUUCCGCAUUGAUUUGGACAUCUGCAUCCGCAACCGCAAUAAUCAAUGCGGAACUCAUGCGGAUGCGGAUGUAAAUGUGGUGCAAGUCACGACAAGAAAGAAAUUAGUUGGAGCCGACGAGUGA